CUAGCCAGCCGCCUCCCUCUCCAUUACUCAUUCGCUCGCUCGCUCGCUCGCUCGCUCCUCUGCUGCGUUCCUUCGUCUCCAGCUCCGGCAUGUCAGGAAGCUACGCCUCGCGGCUCCGCUCCGGCGGCGGCGGCGGCGUGGGAGCAGGCGGCGGCCUGGGCACGACGACGGUCCUCGCGGCGAAGGUGGUGUUCGCGUCGGCGGCGGUGGCGGCGGCGGCGUCCCUGGCGCGGGGGCUGGCGGUGCCGCAGCUCGUCGUGUCCGUGGCCGCCGGCGCCGACGCCUUCCUCUGGAAGCUCUACCUCUUCGUCGCCGUCCACGUCAUCAUCUUCGUCAUCUGGAAGCUCUCCGACGGCCACAAGCACUUCCACCACAAGGACCCCUGGGUCGACGACGACGGCGGCGUCAAGAGGAAGGAGGACUUCGUCUCCGUCUCCGGCGCCGAUGCGAUCCAGGCCGGACUGGCCCGCCGCAAGGAUUCAUGGGCCGCUCCCGCGGCCCGCGGCCCACCUCCGCCGCCGGUCGUGUCCGGAUUCAUCCCCAAAGAGGAGUUCUGCUCCACCGCCGGGUAUGGCGUCCCGCCGUUGCAGAAGAAGUUCUCUCCUAUGGAGGAAGUCGUCUCCCCCGACUCCGGCGCCUGCGAGUCGUGCGUCACUACCACGGAGUACGAAGAGGCGGACGAUUCUUCCUCCCCCGCAGCCGCCGCCGACGAGUGGCGGAGCGUGGCGCCGGCGCCACUGCAACGCGCGGACCUCUCGCUGCCGCUUCCGCCGCCAGCUAUGGCAGCCGCGGCCAUGGACCACUGCUUCGACGCCAACGCCGCCGCCGAUGACGGCGGCGACGACGACCUGGACGCCACGUGGAACGCCAUCAUGCAGAAGAAGCGUCCUUCGACGGCGCCGGCUUCUUCCACUCCUCCGGCGCCGCAAGCGCCUGCGCCGCCCCCGGCGGCGGCGGUGGCGGCGCGGCCGAGAGCCCGCGAGCCGUCGGUGGGCGCGGCGGAGCUGAGCAAGCGCGCCGACGACUUCAUCAAGAAGAUCCACAACUCCUUCGGCCGGCAGCAAUGAUCUCCCCGAACCAAAACCCCAAAGCAAAUCUCUUAGCUAAUGUAAAGAAGACAUCUUCGCUUAGUUUUAUUUUCCUUUUCUUUGGUGUGCCGCGAUCGAAUCGAAGAGAUCGCCGGAGGGAGCAGAGCAGAGGCGAGUUCAUCAGAUCAUUACCCGUUAGGCUGUGAAGGUUCUGGAUGGAUGGAUGGAUGGAUGGUGGUGCACUGUGGGGGAGUAGCUAGCUAGCAAGAGAUGAUCCUGACCUUAAUGGGCUGAAAUGAUGGUUUUGAGUUGGUGGUGCUUAGUUGUUAGGUUCUUCUCUCCUUUUUAGUCGGUUGCCCUUUGGUGGCCUGGCCUGACAUCUGUUCUUAGCUUUCCCUACAGCUCUUUCACUGAUUAUAACAGUGCUAAUUAUGGUGCUAAAUAUGCUCUUGGGUAGUGGGCGUGCUUGUGAUUAUAAACUGUUGGUUGCCACAUGGUGUUGUCUGGAUAUGCCAGCCACAAGUCAAUGCCCCAUGCCACCAUCUUGUUCCAUGUCACUUCUGCUGUUUGCCAUGCCAUGAUCAUCAUUUUUGAAUUAAAUUAGCUGGAA